UUUAAAUUUUUAAUAGUCAACCGCUACAACUUGAUUAUCUUUUCUAUUAGACUUUAAAAAAUAGUAUCAAAAUUAUACUUAAACAUUUUUAAUAUUUACUAUAGUACCAUUAACACAAGACAUUUAAAUCAAUAUUCAUUAAAUUAUAAUUAUUUAAUCUGGUGUCAUAUUUUAAUAAUAUUAAAUAUCAGUUCUAAAUUAUACUUAAAAUGGAAACAUUUUAUGUAUUAUUAAUCAACAUAUCUAUCAGUUUAAUAACUUAUUUUUGCACAUGCAAUAUUAUUCCAAGACUUAAAACAAUGUUUAUUGAUGCAAAUCUAUAUGGUACAGAUUUGAACAAAAAAAGUAAUAAUAAAAUACCUGAAGCUUUUGGCGUGGUAACUGGAUGUACAUUUUUAAUUACUAUGUUUUUAUUAAUACCAGUUAUUUUUGGAAGACACAUGAUACAAAAUGAUGCCAGCAAAUUCCCACAUAGUGAAUUUGUUGAAAUGCUUGCAGCUCUUUUAUCGAUUUGUUGUAUGCUUCUAUUAGGGUUUGCAGAUGAUGUUUUAAACUUACGUUGGCGCCAUAAACUCUUAUUACCAUCUAUUGCUUCUCUUCCUUUACUUGUUGUAUAUUAUAUAAAUUUUAAUUCCACUACAAUAAUUGUUCCUAAACCAUUUCGAGAUAUUAUUGGACUAUCAGUAAAUUUAGGAGUUUUAUACUACUUAUACAUGGGAAUGUUGGCUGUAUUUUGCACUAAUGCUAUAAAUAUUCUUGCUGGAAUCAAUGGUUUAGAAACCGGACAGAGUCUUAUUAUUGCAGUGUCAAUUUUUAUAUUUAAUUUAAUAGAAUUAACUGGAGAUUGUGCACAGGCUCAUUUAUUUUCUUUACAUUUUAUUAUUCCAUUUAUAACAUCUACAUUUGCCUUGUUUAAAUAUAAUUGGUACCCUUCUCAAGUUUUUGUUGGUGAUACUUUUUGUUAUUUUGCUGGUAUGACAUUUGCUGUUGUUGGAAUUCUUGGACAUUUUAGUAAAACUAUGUUACUUUUUUUUUUGCCUCAAAUAUUUAAUUUUCUUUAUUCAUUACCACAAUUAUUUCAUUUUAUUUAUUGUCCAAGACAUCGUAUACCAAGGUUAAAUAAAUAUGGUACUCUAAGUCCUAGUUAUGCAGAAUGUCAUAGUAGUGAAGUUUCAUUAAUUGGGAGGAUAUGUUUAAAAAUAUUUUCUAUUAUCAGGAUUAUUGAUAUACAAGAAACUGUAGAUGGAAAAUUUAAAUGCAACAAUUUGACUCUCAUUAAUUUGUGUUUACUUAUAUUUGGUCCAAAAAAAGAAAAAACAUUAACAACCAUUUUAUUGACUAUUCAAAUUUUUUGUAGCUUAUCAGCUUUUGUUAUUCGUUAUCCUUUAGCAUCAAUAUUUUAUGAUGUUUAAUAUCUGAUGUAUGUGAAUAUUGAAGCCAGCAGAGUUCAAAAGACUUAAGUGAUGGUUAAUUCCAUUUUUGUUAUAAAUAAACAAAUUGUUAUGUAUCUAUAUAUUAAUGAUAUAAGUAUAAAUUAUUGUUUCUAUUAUUUA